AUAAAAGAUGGGUCCGGCGCGCGCGGAGCGCCAGUGCCAGGCCAGGGUGCGAGCCAGAGCGGGCAUCGAGCCUGGGCGCCAGCGCUGCCCCCUCGCCGGCCAGGCCGCCCGGAGCCCCCGCCUGGGCCUGCCCUGCAGCUGCCGCCGCGAUGAGCGAGCUCAGCACCAAGACAGCCCCGGCUACCAACCAGGCGCCCGGCCCCGAGGAGAAGGGGAAGGCCGGAGGCAGAAAGAAGGAGGAGGAGGAGGAGAUCGACAUCGACCUCACGGCCCCCGAGACCGAGAAGGCGGCUCUGGCCAUCCAGGGCAAGUUCCGGCGCUUCCAGCAGAGGAAAAAGGAGCCCAGCUCCUAGGGGGCCGGCCGCCCCCAGCCCCUGAGCCCCCCCACCCCCGUCCCCGUAGGUUCUUCCCCUCGCAGCAGAGCCUGGGCCAGGUGGGGAUGGAACACGUCCCCGGCUGGGAUCCACCCCUGCCUCCCCCAGACCACAGAUGCCUGAGGAGGAGGGGAGGGGGCUGGUGGGGGCCACAUGACUCUGCUCCAGAAAUGCUCGUGGGAGGAGGGGCCCCCGGGGUCAAGACCAAGGGUACUGGACGGCUCCAUGUCUGGCAGUCGGGGGCCCUUGGGUCCAUCAAGCCAGGGCCCCGGGACACGCCCACAUGCUCUUGAGCAUCUGCCUGGUCCCCGCGCCCCACGUCCCCCUCCCUUAAGCCGAGACUCUCUGGGGCCCCCCCAAAUCCUGCAGCUUCCACACUAGUGCAUGCCAGUAGGUGAGUCCGAGGAAGGAGGGGGCAGAGCCGGUCCCGGAGGGAAAUGGGGCCCGGGCGGGGGGCGGGGAGGAGUCUCAGAGACUCAGCUCGUGAGGGUUCUUGGGGUGCUGCGGACCUGCCGACCUCCCCCCCCCACCCCUCGAGGCCAUGCACGCACGCGGGGCUGUAGCCGCAGCCGCUCCCCCCCACCCCAGGGCAGAGCGGAGUAGCCGCUCCGCGGGGCCACACAUGGCAUGAUGCUGAGAAUAAAAGCCGUCUGGUGUGA